CGACAAUCUGAUCUUGAGGAUGGCGAAGGCAGCGGGUGAGGUUUUGGGGAAGACGCACGAUGAGCUGAUGUACGCUUUCGGGGUCUACAUGGUGAAGAGGAUCGGGAAUUAUGGGUACGAACGAAUCCUCAAGGUUCUGGGACGCAACGUGAGGGACUUCAUCAAUGAGUUGGACAAUCUCCACGAGUAUUUCCGCUUCUCGUUCCCCAAGGUGCAGCCUCCCAGCUUUUGUGUGGAGGAGGAGUGUGAGACCAGCCUGACUCUGCAUUACCGUAGCACCCGCAAGGGCUUCACUCAGUUCGUCAAGGGACAGCUCUCACAAGUGGGCAGACAGUUUUAUAACACGGACAUCGAGGUGGAGAUCCUGUCCAAGGAAGAGACGGAGAAGAUGACCUACGUGGUCUACAAGAUGAACUUCGACAACGCGGCCUUCAAACACCGGAUGCCUCAGCUGAAGGCCGCACCGGGCUACGAGAAGCUGCCCAUGAAGAAGGGAAUCAUCUUCGACAUGUUCCCCUUCAGCAUGAUCUUCCGGAGGGACAUGACCAUGUACCGCAUUGGCGAGGGGCUCAAAGAAGUCUUCUCGGAACUCCAAGGGAAGAAGGUGGAUGACGAAUUCACCCUGGUCCGGCCCAUGCUGGAGUUCAACUGGGAAAACAUCUACACCCACCUCAACAACGUCUUCGAGCUGAUGUCAAAGGCCGUGGUGGAGAGCAAGCAGAAGGUCAGCGCCGUCAAAGCCGACAGAGACCUCGAUGGCGACCGCCUGAGUGACGCCGGGAGAGAGGCAGACCUUGACGAGGGAACUCUGAGCGUCGAUGAGGAUUACGGGAGCGGGGCGAUGUCUCAGAAGAACGUCAGCAACCCGGUGGCGAAGGACAUUGAGCUGCUCGCCUUCCAGACCGUCACAGGUCGCUGCAGUGACACCAUCUUUGAGGAUAUGAGGGAGCCCCCGAAGAAGCCCCUCCACCUGAAGGGCCAGAUGAAAUACGUCCCCCAGUGGGACUCCCUGAUCUUCCUGGGAACCCCCAUUAUCGAGACGGUGGAGGACAUGAUAAAGAUGGGGGUCUAUGUGAAUGACCUGAACCUCCAUGACUCCAGUCGGGAGCUGAUUCUCGCUGGGACCCAGCAGUCUGCGGAGCUCCAGCUCGCCCUCGACCAGGAGCGGCAGAAAUACGCCCAGCUCCAGGAGAUCAUCAAGAAACUCGACGAGGAGAAAAAGCGAGGGGACUCCCUGCUGUACGCCAUGAUCCCCAAGGCCGUGGCUGAUCGACUGCGGAAGGGCAUCACCGCGCUGGAGACCUGCCAGGUUUUCCCCGAUGUGACCAUCCUGUUCAGUGACGUGGUGAAGUUUAAUGAGAUUUGUAUCCACAUCACCCCAAUGCAGGUGGUGGACAUGCUGAAUGAGAUCUACAUCGUCUUCGACACACUGAGCGAGAAACACAACGUCUACAAGGUGGAGACCAUUCGCGACGCCUACAUGGUGGUAGCGGGUGUCCCCAAUAAGACCACCUUCCACGCCCACCAUAUUUGUGACAUGGCCGUUGACAUGCUGAGCUCCAUUGACCACCUGAAGGACCCGUCGACGGGGGACAACAUCCAGAUCCGAGUGGGGAUCCACUCGGGAAUGGUGGUCGCCGGCGUGGUAGGCCUCAAAAUGCCUCGAUACUGUCUCUUUGGAGACACCGUCAACACAGCCUCCCGCAUGGAGAGCAAUGGAGUGGGAAUGCAAAUCCACAUCAGCCAGACCACCAAGGACCACCUGGAGCACGAACCGUACAUUAUCGAGGAGCGGGGCAAGAUUUUUGUCAAGGGCAAGGGCUAUAUGAAGACAUACUGGCUUAAAGGCAAGGGGAGCCCGGGGUACAAAACAUCAGCUGAACUGAGGAAGAACACCAAGCAGAAUGACAACAACGUCAGCACCAGCCAGGAUGGUAGUGCCCUCUCUCAGGGGGUAGGUGGCUGGGAGGAGGAGGACCAUUCCUCAGGUUCGUAUGAGUCGGGAGCUGGGUCCACGGGAGACGUAUCCGAUGAUUUCCGGGUCCUCAAGAAGAGAAAGAAGAAGGUGGAAGACUCUGGGACUGGGGAAAGCUGUCCCCCUGGCAACACAGCGCCACCCUUACCCCUUGCCAAUGCUGGGGCCCACCGCUUACUGCCCAAUGCCCCCUUUAGGAGCAUCAGCUGCAGGUUGCUGUAA